CAGAGAGCAGGCGAUCUUGCCUCCAAUUGUCUCAGCCCAACGUCAUGGAAAUAGUUACUUUGUGUCGAGGCUUGGAGGAGGAAGGCUGCACAAACAAUACCGGCUCGCCUAACGGCAUGGUGCGGAGCGGGAGACGGUUGUUUUAUUUUUUUUCUUUGGUUAGCAGUGCACGUGUGCGGCUUCGUGUUUUGAAAAGCACGGAGCAAAGAUGCGCAGGAAACCUGGUUUGUGAGGACGUUUGGGUAGUCUGAACUCUGAAGGAAGGAAGGAGCUGCAUUCUCACCAUGCAGACGGAUAACCACCAACAUUUGGGAUUAUUUGCACCCAGGACCAUAACCAGGAUCUGUAAUGUGACCAAAGUGUGAGGGUUGGCUGCACAGGAUUAUCCAAAACCCUUCCUACAUCUGUAAAACCGGUUUUAAAACUGGCUUGGAACUGAUUGAAAUCUAGUGUUUAUUUAGUGCAUGUCUUAAAACUCAAGUUUUUUCCUUUUUUUUUGCAUCAAUGGGCUAAGAGUCUCUUUAGAUGUGUUUUGAGCACACCCCCAAGUCCAACCUGAAGCAUUGAACUUUUCCAGACUGAUGGUGCAGCUGGACACCUGAUCCAUGUAACGUGAGAUGAGUUGAAAUAUGAACUUCUCGAUGUUUCCGACACAGCUCCUAGGCACCACGUGCGUGUAGGAUAUAUUUGUUUUUGUUAUUUUGUUUGAACCGGGGGAGUCAAGAUGUCAGCCAAAGCCAAAGCACUCUACACGUUCCAAAGUGAAAACAAAGAGGAGAUCAGCAUCCAGGAGAACGAGGAACUGGUAAUCUUCGACGAGAACUCGGUGGACGGUUGGUUCCAGGGCGAGAACAGCCGAGGGGAGCGCGGUCUCUUCCCGGCGUCGUACGUGGAAAUCAUCCGCAGGCGCUCCAACUCCAACGUGACGGAUUGUUCCAUCAGCCCGGCGGGUUCCUUGGGGAACGACUCCUACUACCUGCCGUCCAUCCCCAACGCUGCCCAGCAGAGUUUCUACGACGAUGACGACGACGAUUGGGACGACUGGGACGACCGUUCCACGGUGGUGGACGACGCCGAUCACCCCCGGGGCCCCGGCGCCAAUGGCCACCCCAACCAGAGCCCGCUGUCCAACAACCCCAACGUGCACUAUCGCGCCAAGCCGCCCAUGGAGAGGCAAGACAGCAUCUCCAGCGCCAGGAAGGGGAGCAUGGUCGGCCGCAACUUGAACCGCUUCUCCAGCUUUGUGCGCUCCGGGGUGGAGGCUUUCGUACUGGGGGACGUGCCCAUGAUGGCCAAGAUCGCCGAGGCCUACACCAUCGAGAUGGCGCCCCCUGGACCCUGCUGGAAGGACAGCCCGCAGCCUUUCACCUGCUCCAUCGAAGACCCCACGAAGCAGACCAAGUUUAAGGGCAUCAAGACGUACAUUUCCUACCGAGUGACGCCGAGCCACACCGGACACCCCGUGUACCGGCGCUACAAGCACUUUGACUGGCUCUACAACCGCCUGCUGCACAAGUUCACCGUCAUCUCGGUGCCUCAUCUGCCGGAGAAGCAAGCCACGGGGCGAUUCGAGGAGGACUUUAUCGAGAAGCGCAAGAGGCGGCUGAUCCUGUGGAUGAACCACAUGACCAGCCACCCGGUCCUCUCCCAGUAUGAAGGGUUCGAGCAUUUCCUCAUGUGCGCCGACGACAAGCAAUGGAAGCUGGGAAAGAGGCGGGCGGAGAAGGACGAGAUGGUGGGAGCGCACUUCAUGCUCACCCUGCAGAUCCCCAACGAGCACCAGGACCUGCAGGACGUGGAGGAGCGGGUGGACACCUUCAAGGCCUUCACCAAGAAGAUGGACGACAGCGUCAUGCAGCUCACUCACGUCACCUCGGAGCUGGUCCGCAAGCACCUGGGCGGCUUUAGGAAAGAGUUCCAGCGGCUCGGCAACGCCUUCCAGUCCAUCAGCCAGUCCUUCACGCUGGACCCGCCGCACAGCUCCGAGGCCCUCAACAACGCCAUCUCCCACACGGGGCGCACAUACGAGAACAUCGGGGAGCUGUUCGCCGAGCAGCCGAAGUUCGACCUCUUCCACAUGCUGGACACGCUGUCGCUCUACCAAGGCCUGCUCGCCAACUUCCCCGACAUUAUUCAUCUACAGAAAGGUGCCUUCGCCAAGGUGAAGGAGAGCCAGCGCAUGACGGACGAGGGCAAGAUGGACCAGGACGAGGCGGACGGCAUCCGUAAGCGCUGCCGGACGGUGGGCUUCGCGCUGCAGGCGGAGAUGAGCCACUUCCACAGGCAGCGCGAGGUGGACUUUAGAGACAUGAUGCAGGCGUACCUCAGGGAGCAGAUCGCCUUCUACCAGCGUGUGGUGCAGCAACUGGAGCGCUCGCUGCGCAUGUACGAAUGUCUUUAAGGAGGAUUUUGUAGGGCGUACUGGCAGUACGCGUCAUAAUUUAAAGUAUUACCGCGACAAGGUACAGGUUUUCAAUACUUCCCUUGUUCCCGUUGUGGACCCCCAUUCAAUCCCUUUGGAUGCACUUUGACAACCAUAUUGACUUCAACCUUCCCCCAAAUAUGGUCAACUCUUUCCUGUUUGUCAGACUCCGCCCCCUUACGUGGACCACCUACUGAUCAAACCGUCACGUUUUUGCCGAUGUGCCUUCAUGUCGCGCUUUCCACCAGGCGGUCCGGUUCAGCUCGGUGCGCUUUGGCACCCUUACCGACUUCUGACGAUGAGAACACAAUACCUUGUCCGUGUGUGGCAUCCCGAUGCAUCACUGACCAGUUUUCUCGGCACUUUAUUAAUGAUGUAAAUGCAGACCUUUAAGCGUGUAUCCCUAUGUCUUCUAUUGGAACAGAAGUGUGCUACAUUUUUUCAUUCCGGAUCACUUAUUUUGGUGACAUUUGAAUAUGCAAACGCAAACAUUCCUGAGAAUAAAGGUGCCAAAAAAUGUA